AUGGUCCUCCGAAGGGGUCUCUUGCGACCUGCGACCAUCGUAGCGAGCCGGUAAGCCUCUCCUCCGAAUCCCGCAUCCCGCAUCCCGCAUCCCCAGCCACCCAGCACUAGCUCACGUAUGCCUCCCCUCCUCGACCCCCGCCGCCGUUCCUCGACUCAGACCGGUCUCGACGCAAUCGCUCACCUCGGAACAGAACUUCGACCUGCUCAACAAGCAACGAGCUCUCCGACCCAACUCGCCUUGGCACAUCUACCAGCCCCAACUGACGUCCGUGUCCUCGUUCGCGAACCGUGCGACCGGCGUCGGCUUGACUACUGGUACGUUGAAGCUUCCAGCUCGGUUUAGACUCGGGCGAGACUGCCGUGGCGGGGGGGGGUGGCCCAUCGCGUCGAUGCUCAUUGGUCCGCGGUGGCGGCAAGAGAGGAGGGAGAGAGCCACCACGGCGCCCCCCCCCCACUUUGCCUGGCAAACUCCACUCAUCGUAAGGUUCCCGCCAAAGACGCAAUCAACUAAACUCGUCCCGCUCUUCGCGCACAGUCUUCUACGCCGCGUUCCUGUCGCACCUCGCCGGCCUCGACUCGGCGACGAUGGUCCAGUUCGUCGCCGACCUGCCCGAGUGGUUCAAAUUAACGACCAAGACCGCCUUGGGCGGCGCCAUGUCGUACCACACCAUCAACGGCUUGAGGCACUUGUCUUGGGAUAGUGGAAAAUGUGAGUAGCGGGGUGUGUGACGGAUGUUCGAGGGUCCGAGUGGGAAGCUCGCGAACGUGCAGGGUCAUCCGAUUCAUCAUUACCCUGGGGGCUGACGCGUUUGAAAGUUGUUGCUCGAUUCAGUCCUCGACCUCAAGACCUCCUACGCCGCCGGUUACGCCGUGAUUGGUGCUUCCGUCGCUUCGACCUUGGCUCUUCUCGCUCUCUGA